AUGUUCACCCCUCACGCCAAUCGACCCAACAACAACAACCACAUCGUCAUCCCGAGUGGCUCCGACAGCGACGGGUACAGCGACAGCGAACUCAGCGACAUGGAAGUCGAUCCGCCCAGCCGACCGCAACGGGCGGGAUGGGACGCCGCUCCGCCACCAAUGCGCUACCGCCCCUCUCAACCCCCCUACCACACUUCCCUCGAGCAGGAGAAGAAAGUGCGUAGUCGGCUACGAGAGGAACGGCAUGCUGCGUUAUCGGUGUUAACGGAUCGAGAGCUCCUAACGACGCAGGCCCUGGCCGCUCAAGAGACCCUCCCUCAAACCCGCCGCCGCUUUCUCUCCAAACUAAUGGCCCCCGAAGACCCCGCCGUCGCGACCUCCCUGCGCGCCGACCGCUUCAUCAUCCAACACCCCACGACAGCAGGAAUCGGUCUAUCCACAACCUCUUCUUCUUCCGCCGUCGCCGCCGCCGCAACAACAAGGGAAGGGCCCUCAUCACUCACAUCCCCGCGGUCCGGAUCCUCAUCUACGGUGCCGAUGAUGGUGCAGAGAAGUAUUGUUGACGUUCAUGAUGCUGAUGAUGCGGGGUGGCGGAGACCUGAAGGAGGUGUAGGAGGAGGAGGAAGUGGUGGAUCAUCGGGGAUGGGGUCCCCUGCUGGAUCUGGGUCGAGUCGACAGAAGGGGAAAGGGACGACGAGGACGCCGGAUCGGUCGACGAGAGGGUCCGGGGGAGGAACAGGAACAGGGACAGGAUCAGGGUCAGGAAGGAUGAAGACGCCCGGGAGUGCGCGGCGAGAGAGGGAAAGGCGGAGUCGGUGGAGUGGAGCGGAGAGGGAGAGGGAUGAGCGGGAUCGGAUCUCGUCGCCUUGA